CCCAACUUCUUUAAAAAAGCUGCAUCUGUGUUUGUCCCUCACGCAUAUCAUCCUGAGGUCUGGCUCCGAGGAUGGACUCUGCACUGCUGUUGCUCUUCCUCUGGGGUCUGACCGGAACAGUUUCCCCACAGUCUUCAGCAGGGUCUUGUGUGGAGAGACUUCAGGGAGGAGAGAGGAGAAUGAGAACGUGUUCUCGGACCUGCAAAUCAGACGCAGAAUGCGGCAGCAAGCGCCAGUGUCUGUGUGAUGGACAGUGUGGUCUCAGCUGUGUGGCUCCAGCUCGUACUUGUCCUUGGCCUCUUCCCAAGAGUGAAAACUCGGAGGUUCGCCUCCUCUCUGCCACUCCCUCCUUCUCUGCACCGCUAGAAGUGCGCUGUAGGCCCGGCUUCACGUUGCCCAGUGGCUUGGAUGUCACUGUUCGCCGGUGUCAGGGUGACCGACAGUGGAGCGGGAAUGAGCCCAUCUGCACAGAGGCUCAGCCACCUGAACCAGCUCCUGCUCAAACCUGCCCUCUGCCUCGGGAGGUGAUCAACACCUUCAGCAUCCACGGCAACGCCACUGUGGGGACUUCAAUCCGCUACAGCUGCCUGUCUGGGGCGGCUAUAGUUGGGAGCAGAGAAAAUUUCUGUCAGGUGAACCAGACAUGGCUGCAUCCUCACCCGGCCUGUAAGAAACUGUUCUGCCAACCUCCAAAGGAAGUGGAACAGGGCUAUGUGGUUGCAGUCCAGAAGACCGAGUAUGAGGCUGGCUUUGACAUCCACUAUCUAUGCAAGAAGAACUACCUCCUGGAUGGGCCCCAGAAGAUCACCUGUCUAUCAAAUGGCAGCUGGAGCGCAUCUCCACCUCACUGUAGAGCUCGCUGUGUCAUCCCUGCUGAGCGAAGUCGUGUUGUGAUUGGUGGAGAGAAACGUUGGCCGUUUGAUGUCACGGACGCCAUGGUUCCCCACGGGGAAAACGUGGCAUUCUACUGCAAACAUCCCAAGAAGCAGUGCAGCUUCACUGCAGCACAGACCUGCUUUGAUGGGAAGCUGCAGACACCAGAGUGCUACCUUGAGCCCACAUGGUUGCAGUAUAAACUCUUCCCACAUCGUCUGGUGUCGGAAAUUGAAACGUGUGCGCCCGGUGAUGUAGAGUGAUCACCUAGCAUGUCGGAUCUCAACCCACUAAGACAUGCAUCAGUUUUUGAACUCCUUCUGAACACUCAGCACAGCUUAAUGCGCUUUAAUUAUGGUCAUUUAGGUGUUCUCCGCGCAACAUCUGUCAGGUUUUUGACAGGUAUAGUGAAUUAUUCCAAAUCCUUCAAGUUGAGUUUAGGGCUCCUGCUCUAUUUGCCUUGCACACUAAUUGAAAGGCUUUGUUAUUACAUCAAGACUUUACAAGUAUUACUUCAAUCCUGCUGCAGCUUGAGUUGCUCCAUACUGUAAAGACUUUUAUGAUGUAUAUGCAGUGGUGGCUCUUGGUUGAACAGCACUCGGGGUGAGUCCCUACUUGCCCCGCCACAAUCGCCCAGUUCUUUUCUGCAAUUUCAUUAGUUUCAAAGUGUUUAAAAGAAUUUCUGCAGUGUAGAACAAUUUGGACCAGGUAUGAUCAGCCUUAGUAUGUUUGCUAUUUAAUUAAAGAUGAUCAAGGACUGAACUCUGCAAGAGUGUGGAAUUUUGACAUGAAAACUGUGGUGGAAUCCCAUGUUUAUAUUAAAGUAUAAAUACAAACGUUUACUGUGAACCUAUGGCAGAUAUUUCUACAGAGGUCAGAAAUGGAUUUAUGGAUGAUAAAUAGAUGAGCAGAUGAAUACAUUGAUGGGUACGUUUAGACAUUUUUUCCAUACCUGAAUAAAUCAGAUUCCAGUUUUGUUUUCCAGCUCUUUCAAGGCCAGUGAGCCCUGUGAAACGGAUUGCAACUGACAGCUUUUUUAAUCUUGAUUACUUGUGUAAACCCAGGGAUUGUGCUUCCCUGGGAAGAGAGCCAUAUUGCCCUUAUCAAAAACCACCACUGGAUGUAUGUAUAGUUCAUUAGUAGAUGCUGUAUUGCCCAUGAAUUGACUCUGUGGUUUAUUUCACUGUGAGAUCUUCUCCUUCCUACUGCUCGCUCUGAUACAUCAAGCCUGCAGGGCUUGUGAGCUUCAUAUUUUUGAUGUUUAAAAUAAAGAAAAACGAUGUGAAAACGG